AUUGAAGGAAGAAACCGGCCGGAGCGGAAGUGACGUGCCGGAAGUUGGUAGCGGAGCGCGCAGUGUGCGUUCAGUUACUGAGAGAAGAUGGCGGCCGGUCCGAUCUCGGAGAGAAAUCAGGGUGAGCGCGAUGGAGGAGGGGGGGCUCCCCGGGUAUCGCUGUCUCCCCUCCCCGUUUCACCUCUAACCUGGUGCCCGCUGGUCUCCUCUCCCUGCCUCCACUACUCCAGGCAGCGGUGAGUGAAUACCGCCAGCUUGCAGGGAGCCCUCCACAUGUUUUGAACUACAUCCCCCAUAACGCUCUUACACCCACAAUGCUGGCAAAGCAUCAUGGGAGGUGUAGUCCAAAACAUCUGGAGUGCCGAAGGUUGCCUGUGCCUGGUCUACACCAUGGGCCCCCAAACUCGGGCCCCCCAUGAUUCUAUGAAUGAAAUAGGCCGAGGCUUAUGGGCGAUGUAGUCCAGCAACAUCUGGAGGGCCGGAGUUUGGGGAAGCCUGUUCUGCGUAAUUGGUCAUUUUAACGCGCUUCAGUAAUCGGGUUACCCUCUUACUAUCUCUCUUCAUUGCUGGGCUGUUGCUGCCUUUAGAUACAUCCACUUCACAGUAAUAGCACUUAGAAUUGGCAGGACGUAGUGAAGGUGGCAUCCUAUGACGGCGCCACAUUUAAAGUCACUGAACACUUUGUCCUGCCAUUGUUUGUCUAUGGCUUUAUGCAGGAUUUAUGAACCUGUUGGCAAUGGGUGAGUCUGAAACACCUGAAUUAAAUCAUAAAUAUGGCUGCCCACAUUGUGUGGCCUAUAGUGCAUUGUAGCCAGUAGUCUGCAAAUAAUUAACAUUUGUUGUUUUUCUCAUUGCGAUAUUUUGAUGAUUACACAUACAGGGAGAACACUAUAGCUUUGGGAAUAUAUGUUUGUAUUCCUUUAAUUGUCCAUGCUGCUGUCACAUUUCAUGGGAGAGAACUGUGCAUGUUUGUUGUGGGAUAAUGCAGAGUGAGAGCAAUGUGUGAUGUGUUUUAUCUUUCUUUUAGAUGCCACUGUUUAUGUUGGUGGGCUGGAUGAGAAGGUGAGCGAGCCGUUGCUAUGGGAGCUGUUCUUACAAGCCGGACCCGUAGUAAACACACACAUGCCCAAAGACAGGGUUACGGGCCAGCACCAAGGUGAGAGAAAACUGAGAAUUCUGUCCGCUUUCUUUACUUUGUAUUGUACUGGGACAGUUUCCAUUGUUUGACUCCUCCUCAUAAAGCAAUGUCAAGAUAUCAAUGCAUGAACUCAUACUGUGUGAACUUUCUAUUUAAAGGCACACUAUAGGCACCAUAACCACUUCUUCAUUUAAAGGGACACUCCAAGGACCACCACAACUUAAAUGUAUUUGAGUUUUGGCCUCAUCAAUAUGCUGUAUUUUUGAUAGUUCAAUUCUUCAUAAUUUAGUUUUUUUUCCAAAGGUAAUGUAUUCUGGCAUGUGGAUAAGAAGGCCGGCUUGUAAUGCAAAACAUAAUUUCUCGUGUAUGCAAAAAAAAACACAGCAUACUACUGUAAUCAAAUGCAUUAACAAUUUGGUAACUGAUGUUUACUUUAAAUAGUUACGGUGCAUGGUGUCCCCUAAUGCCAGUUCACAUUUGUGUUGAAAUUGUUUCAGCCACCUGCAGCUUGGUCCCCACUGAGGGUAAUGCUAAGGUGGAGUUGCAUUCAGCUUUAGUCAUACCAACAAAUGCCAUCGAUGGGCAGAAGAUAUGCACUCAAUCACUGCCACCCGUGGCUGCUCAGGCUGAUGUCGAAGCAGCAGAGCAGGGCUCUCAUUCAGUGUUUUGUAGUUUAACCAUGAACCAAUGUCAGGGGACUCCAGGCACCAUAACUAUUAAAGUAGAUAAAGUUAUUAUGGUGUCUCCUUAAAGGAACAUUAUUGGGUCAGGAACACAAACAUGUAUUCCUGCCCCUAUAGUGCUAAACCCACCAUUUAGGUGGCUUGACCCCCCCCCCCCUUAAAAGCAUGAAAAACUCUCCUUAUUUCCAGCGCCGUGCGGGUCUGCCGGCACUGGCCCCGCUCCCUUGGUGACAUAAUCAGAAUUGCAGAUUUUUAGCCAAUCCAAAGCUUUCCCAUGGGGAAAGCAUGGAUAAAAUCAUCAAGGGGACAGGGCAAAACACAAUUUUGGCCAAUCAGCACCUACUCAUAGAGAUGCAUUGAAUCAGUGCAUCUCUAUGAGGAAAAUUCAGCGUCCCCAUGCACAGAAUGGAGAUGCUGAAUGGCAGUGCUGACUACUGUGUAGCACUGACCCAGGAAGCACCUCCAGUGGCCAUCUGAGGAGUGGUCACUUGGAGGUGUCCCUAGGGGCACUGUAAACACUGCCUUUUCUCCAAAAAGGCAGUGAUUGCAUGAAAAUGCCUGCAGGCAAUGAUUAUACUCACCGGAACAACUACAUUAAGCAGUAGUUGUUCUGGUGACUAUAGUGUCCCUUUAACAUCCUUUAUGGUUAUUUGAAGUUUUAUGGUGAUAUAUGGUAUGUUAUGCAUACUUAUCUCAAAAGCAGCACUAGUUGAAAUUGCGCAUGUCUUCAGUAAAUGUUAACACAAAUUCUGAAACAUAUCCAUUGGCAGUGGGGGAUUUAUUUCUCUUUCUGUCCUGUUUGCCUAUUGCAUUGAAAAUACUUCAUUAGCAUGCAGAAACAUUAGGGAAACAGAAGGACGAGGGUUAUGGAAAAUGACCUUUGUACACAUUAUACUCCUAUCUUGAUGAUCCUUGGCCUUCAUACUAUCCCUUCAUGUCUUCCUUAACAAGAAUUGGAUGUUCCAAGAUGCUGUUUAAAUAUGGGAUGAAUCACUCACAGCAGGGGUACUCUAAGGUAGGUAGAUCCCCAUAUGUAUUAAAACUUCCAGUCCUAUGAUACUUUAUAAAGACAUACAAUGCAUCAUGGGAGUUGUAGUUCUACAACAUAUGCACCCCCUGAUUUACAGUCUGUUUAGUUAAAAGGACAUUUUUGUAGAGAAUCAUGUGAGGAAUAAUUACGUACGUUGUAGAUGCAGGUAUGUUUGUAAAAAGGAAAAAACUAGAACACAUUUGAACCAUCUCUCAGGUCUCCCCCAUCCAAGAGAGUAGUGAGGCAAGAGGAACACACAACCGAAUUGGCUGGUCUCCAUUUCCUGCUUUCUGUAGAUGUCACUGCCAACUCCAGCAUAUAAUUUGAAUUUGAGUUAAUGAAACCUAAAGAAUGUGUUCCGUUGUCUAAAUUCAGUGUAAUUAUUUAUCCCACAGGUUACGGUUUUGUGGAGUUUUUGAGUGAGGAAGAUGCAGAUUAUGCUAUAAAAAUCAUGAACAUGAUCAAACUAUAUGGGAAACCAAUCAGAGUAAAUAAAGCUUCCGCCCAUAACAAGAAUCUGGAUGUCGGAGCCAAUAUCUUCAUUGGGAACCUUGAUCCUGAGAUUGAUGAAAAACUUCUAUACGACACCUUCAGUGCUUUUGGAGUAAUUCUGCAGACCCCCAAGAUCAUGCGAGACCCGGAUACUGGGAACUCCAAGGGCUAUGCUUUCAUUAACUUUGCCAGCUUUGAUGCUUCAGACGCAUCCAUUGAAGCUAUGAAUGGACAAUAUUUAUGUAACAGGCCCAUCACAGUGUCUUAUGCCUUCAAGAAAGACUCGAAGGGAGAGCGGCACGGAUCAGCAGCUGAGAGACUUCUGGCUGCUCAAAAUCCACUUUCACAGGCUGACAGACCUCACCAACUCUUUGCUGAUGCGCCACCUCCUCCCAUUGUGCCAGCUGUUAUUACAUCUUUAACGAGUGCAGUUGCAGCAGGUGAGUCAAACUUUUUUCGUUUGGGUGGUGGAGUUAGAGCGAGAUGAGGCUGGCGUUACGGACAAUGACAUCAUUUGAAGAAGCUGUUUGCAGCUAUCACCAGCCCACAGAGCGCGUUGACACAGAAUUAACAGCUAAAACAGAGUUGCACCCCCAGCACAAAGUGCAGAUAUCUCGCGAUGUGCCCGGCUUGUAACCAUGGCCACUUUUAAAAGCAGAAGUGGUCAUUGAGGUUGUAAUAACCGUUUAAAUAUAUUUAACUUAACUUGUAUCCAGCAAUGUAUUGGGGCUGAGAAAUGCAUGUGUGACAUUAAAGGGACACUAUAGUCACCAGAACAACUACAGCUUAUUGUAUUUAUUCCGGUGAGUGUAAUCCGUCCCUUCAGGCUUUUUGCAGUAUACAGUUUUUUUUUCUCCAGAGAAUAUGCAGCGUUUACAUUACAGCCUAGUAAUCACUCCACUGGCCACUCCUCAGAUGGCUACUAGAGGUGCUUACUGGGGCAGUCCUGUCUAGUGUGCAGCACUGCCAUUUAGUGUCUUCAACCUUAGCAUGGAGACACUGAACUUUACUCAUUGAUUCAAUGUAUCUCUAUGAGGAGAUGCUGAUUGGCCAGGGCUGUGUUUGAAUCAUGCUGGCUCUGCCUCUGAUCUGCCUACUUGUCAGUCUCAGCCAAUCCUAUGGGGAAGCAUUAUACUGUACUGUUUGUGUUCCUGGCCCAAUAAUGUUCCUUUUAAUCCAAUGAUUAGCAUUUAAUGCCAUUCCUCCAUUGAAAUAGUGAUCUAGGGGCCUGUAGUGGCUUAAUGACUCCAAUCCUUUUUUGACUGUGCUGUGUGUACUUAUAUGAUGGAAAGUGUGGAGUUACCGGAGUCUGCAUAUAAGAGGUACACUGCUUAUGAAUAUAACAGGGUUAGUCACUAAAGUGAGACUUGAAAUUGAAUUUCAAAUUUAAAGGGACACACCACUGCUCAAAUGCAAAAUAUAUAAAAAUCGCUGUUAAGUAGAUAAACCCCAAUGAAAACCUGCAUGCAUUGGGGAUAUAUCUAAAAACAGCUAAUAAAAGCUGUAGUUCUCUUGCCUGCAGCCUUUGCAAGUCCUCCCCUUCUAACUCCGCCCAGACUUUCUGUGGUUGUCCAAUCACAGACUUCACAAUGCAGCUCAAUGAGAAGUCUUUACAAGGCAUGUGCUGUGGGCAAUUGCUGUAUCUUGAGUUUAUCUUCACUUGGUUCUAAACAUCCAGGAAGUUACAGGACCAGGUGUCUGAUUCACAGUCAGGGAGGUGUAACAAGGAUAAUUUAUAAACUUUUUUUUUUUUAAUUCUUGUUGCGUUUACAUACAUGUUUACUCUGCCACAACAGCAAGAGUCAUAAUUUUCAAGCGAUUCAGUUAAUGUAACAUUAUGGCAUUUGAGGUUUGCGCACAUUUUUAAUUUUAGUAUAAGACAAUAGGUGGAAGGAUGUGUGUCAGCAGGAGUGGUGUGGGGGGUAACAGGUUUAGUUUUCAAGGGUGCAGCAUUACAGGUGUUGGUUGGUGUUGUUCCAGGAUAUUGCCACUAAUGUGAAAGGCGGUGGUGACCAUUGUGAAAAGUCAAGAGAGCUGUGUGGUGGUCGAGUUCGGGUGUGUUAUGUCUCCGGGCUCAUAGCGGUUCGUGGUGCCGGGUGGCCCAGCUCACUGUUGAGGUUGAAUAUGAAAAAAAAUUUUCUCUGUAUGUCUUAUGUGAGCGGGUCUUAUGUCAGGAUGUCCCGGUCAGGCUGUAGGUGAACGUGUGUUCGGUCUUUGGUGGACUGGGCGUCCGUGUGUCUAAGGUUUCCCGGAGGAUGGUGUACCCCUGACCUAAGGGGUGGCGUGGGUGGAGAGGGAGCUUGUGGAGUUCCUGCCUCCUCUACCGUUGUGUGAGACUAUCGGAUUGUAUCGUCAUCUAUGGGUUAACGCUGCCAUGUGUUCUGUCAGGUGUAUGUAGCGCAGUGACAUAUAUCGAACAAGGUGAUAACAAUAUGGUAAUUAUAAACAUAAGAGAAAAUUUUUUUUUUUUUAAGAAGAAACAUUCUAAAAGAAAACCAUAAGUCUUCCGUGGUUGGAGCAAUCCUAUACACCGUCCCUUCUCCAGGAACUUGUGUGGUUUGUGAGAGUUCUUUCUAGCCUUUGUCAUUCAGGUGGCUCGGUUUAUCGGUACCAUGUUUCUCGGGGUGAAUGGUACAGUGUUGUCUGCGUCCCAUCUCUGUCCAGGGGUCUCUGCCGUGUCGUUUCUGUCCGGUAGUCCCAACUUGGUGAGCACUGCAGGCACUUCUUUGGGCGCGGAAACACUGUGUGUAGUCCCAUUGUGGGUGAUUAGCAGGGAUCGUGGUGCACCCCAGCGGUAUGGCACCCCUGCGGAGCGCAGUUGGCUGGUAAAGUGGGUCAGUGAUCGGCGCCACUGAAGUGUGGCUCUAGUUAACUCCUGGAAAAAUAACAGCUGUGCAUUUUCGAAGGCUACGGGGGUUUUGUCCCGUACUGCCGACAUGAUGUUGGAUUUGUCCUGUGUGGUGGCACAGCGUAAGAUAACAUCCCUGGGUGUUGUGUUAGGCAUAGUAGCCGAGGGUGGGAGCCUGUAGAGCCCAUCCAGGAGCCUCUUCCUGGCUGUUGCUGGCAGUAGAAUGGUGGCCAGGAGCCAUCUCACAUAGUGAGGCAGUUCAUCAGGUGUGAUAUCAGAGGGUACCCCACAUAUUUUAACGUGGUUGCGACGAGUUCGGUCUUCGUGGGUCGACAGUUGUAGGGAGAGUCCCUGUUGGGUGGUCUGCAUUUGUUGUAUCGCUUCUUUUACUUGUGUUAUGUCUGUUUGGAUGUUCACGAUGCUCUCCUCUGUCACCCUUACUCUUUCAGUUACUUUUUGUACUUCCCCUUUAAGCAGGCCCACAUCUGUGGCCAGUGUCUAUUUGAUGUCUUGCACCCAAUUAUGGAGGUCCUGUUUGGUGGCCAGUGUGUUGUCAGGUGGUGCCUGUGGUGGUGUCAGGGUGUACUCACUGUUAUCCUCCGUUUGUGUGGGUGUGUGCGAUGCAGCACGGGUCGUUGUCGGAGUUUGUUGAGCCUCCGCGGCCAUAUUGGAUUGUGCCUGUCUCUGUAGUAGAGCCCCAAUGUCGGUCUGCUCUGCUGGGUGGCUGGACUGUGCUUUCUGUGUACGUCUCCCCAUAUUCCUUGGGAUAUUGUUGUGGGUCGGCAAGGGGUCGCUCGAUGGUGUAGGCUCCCCACUGCUGUACACUUCAUCUAGGAAGUACUCGAGCCCAGAGGUGGUCAGCAAGGGAUAGGCCUUGAGCUUCUGUUUCACCUUGCCAGAUCUCUGAGGUUGUUUUUUAACUGCACUUUUUGCAAAUGAAAUAAAUAGGACACACUCUUCACACACAAAUCAUUUCAGUAAGAUAAACUGCUUUAGGGCUCUGGAGUGUCCCUUUAAGGCCAAACUGGAAGCUAGCUAUUAUGUCCUUGCAUUUGAAAUUCACUUUGAAUUCUCACUUUAGUGAAUAACUCUAUAAAUCAGGGGUUUCCAACCCAGUCCAGGAUUUAGGGAUUACCUAAAGUGUUGUGUAUAAAGGGUUUAUAUAUUUUUCUUCUAAAAAUACCUUGGACACAGCUGGGUAAUCCCUAAAUCUUGGACUGUUAGGGGGUACUUGAAGACUGGAUUGGGAACCAGUGCUGUAAAUGAUAUUGGAGUCGUGUGUGUGUGUGUCUGUUUAUAGUAGUGCUUAAAUUCGAACAGUCAUGGUGAGAUUUAUAUACAAGGCAAUAGCCAUCUAGAGCAGGCAUAGGCAACCUUCGGCACGGCAGAUGUUCUGGACUACACCUCCUUUUAUACUUUGGCAGUAUUAUGGGUAUAAGAGCAUUAUGGGGGAUGUAGUCCACAACAUCUGGAGUGCCGAAGGUUGCCUAUCCCUGAACUAGAGUUUAGCCUGUGUUGUGCUGUUCUUAACCUAUAGAUCCCAGUGUGUGUAACGAAGUCGCUCUGAACAUGGAAAUCCAGCUUACAGUUGUCACUACCAGAGAAGUGACCGUUUCAAUUUAUAGAGUCUUUGGCACAUUUAAAAAUACAAUGCUGUAUUCCUGGCACUUUAGCUCCCUCACCGCUGGGUCAAUACUCUGUCCCUUCUAACAGCCCACGAUGAGUGGAUGCUAAUGCCACAUGCAUUAGACCUCCCCGUAGGAAAGCAUUGAAUCAGUGCUUUCCUAUUGGGAAAAAUCUGACGCUAAAGGUCCUCAUGCAGAGCGUGAGGACGUCCACCGUCCGAUCCCGGACCAAAGGUCCGUUUCGAUACAAGAAACCUUUUAGUGGCUGUCUUCUACUGCAUCAUUGGCCCCCUAAGUGAUUUACACAUGCUGAGAAGUUAGAGUAGUCUCAUCUGCUCUCCACAUUAUAAUACAUAUACUAUUUAUAUAUAGGAUUACACUGGUUUAGUUUUUUUUUUGUAUUUUUAUCUUUGAGUUAAAUUGGAUAAUACAAAGCUGCCUGCAAUUUUAAAGGGACACUAUAGUCACCAAAACAACUUUAGCUCAAUUAAGCCGUUUUGGUGUAUAGAUCCUGCCGCUGCAGUCUCACUGCUCAAUUCUCUGCCAUUUGGGAGUUAAAUCACUUUGUUUAUGCAGCCCUAGUCACACCUCCCCGCAUGUGACUUACACAGCCUUCCAACACUUCCUGCAAAGAGUCAUCUAAUGUUUACACUUCCUGUAUUGAAAAUACUGUAUAAUUUAGAAUUUCACAUCUCAUGCUCUGUUAAUAGCUUUCUAGACCUUGCAGGAGCCUCUUUUAUGUAUUUAAAGUUCAAUUUACAGAGCAGGAAAUAAUACCAUUUAAAGUAAAUUAUAUCUGACUGAAAGUGAAACCAUUUCUUUUCAUGCAUGUGAGUCACAGCUAGAGAAGGUGUGGCUACGCCUGUAUAAACAGAAACAAAAGUGAUUUAACUCCUAAAUGGUGUAGAACUGAGCGGGAGACUUCAAGGGCAUGAUCUAUACACCAAAACCGGUUCAUUAAGCUUAAGUUGUUUUGAUGAAUAUAGUGUCCCUUUAAGCAACAUAUUAUUGUAUGUGCUUUAUUUUCACUAGAGAUAGACCGAUUAUCGGUUCGGCUGAUAUUCUGGAUUUUGGCAAAUAACGGUAUCUGCCACUAUUGAUACCGAUAUUGCCACUAAUGUGAAAGGCGGUGGUGGCCUGGCGCACCGGCUAUGGGGCCGCAACAAUUGAGUGACUGGCAGGAAGCGCAUAGUGCUCCCCCAUUACUACUCACUCGGUGUAGCAUGGCCAAGCAGAGCGGGCUGCAGUAUGCUCAGUGAGUCAGUCCGGUUGGAUACAGGAAACUGAGGCUCCCUUACCGUGGUCCGCUUGGCCACGCCACAAGAGAGGUAAUGAGGCACACCAGGGCGGGGAGAGGAACACCAGAGGGGGGUAAGGGGGAGACACUAAAGGACAGGGAGGGAGAGAAACACUAAGGGGGAGGGGAAGGGACAGGGAGGGCAGGGGAGGAGAGGUACACUAAGGGACAGGGAGGGGAGGAGAGGUACUGUAAGGGACAGGGACGGGAGGAGAGGUACUGUAAGGGACAGGGACGGGAGGAGAGGUACACUAAGGGACGGGGAGGGGAGGAGAGGUACACUAAGGGACGGGGAGGAGAGGUACACUAAGGGGAGGGGAGAAGAGGUACACUAAGGGACAGGGAGAGAAAUAAAAAAACUAUAGAUUUAGUCACAGAGUAAUCCCUAAUCGUAUACGUCUGACAAUCGGGAUAAUUAGAAGAUAUCCCUUCCAAAUAGCUUCCCCGGUAUUUAAAAAGUACUCCACCUUAUCCCUUUAGUCCUACUCUCCUAACACCCUGCUGCUUCGAGGCAGCCCCCAGCUAUAAACUACCAACGUCUAAGGCGGAAAAUGGGCAAAAUAAAGUGUUUUUUUUUGGGUUUUUUUACUGUUGAAUGUAGUUACUGGGAGGUAAUUCCAGUGGGAGGGGAUCCUUUCUUUUCUAGGUAGGGUUUCUCUCCCAUUAGUCUAAUUAUUGUCUUGUAUUGAUGGUUUUUACCCUUUAUUACCUCUCCAACCCGCAGUCUGGGUAUCUGUAACUCACUGUUUGUCUAUGUGUAGAGAAUAUCGAUAUGGUAUCGGCUAUCGGCCUGAAAGUUCACAGAUUAUCUGUAUCGACUCUCAAAAAGCCAUAUCAGUCAGUCCCUAAUUUUCACUAUAUGCACUUUGGCAAAGGUUUUGCACAGUAUUGAGGAUUUAUGCAGGAAAACACUUUGUAUAUAUAUAUGCACCUCAAAAUAUUUUAUGGUCUCAAAGACACAGCGCACCUUUAUUUGGUAUUUAGAGUGUGUGUAUAUGGGCUAUUGCACUUUACGUGCUGCUUUUUUGAUUGCACAAUUUUAUUCCAUCUAUUGAAGUUUUUUUUUUUUUACAUUGUUGUAGCACAUGUUUUUUUUGUGUAUGAUUGUGGGUGUGUCUGCCAUCAUGUAUGUGCCUUUAUGUCAUGGUGUGUGCCUGUCUGUCAUGGUAUGUGUGCCUGCCUGUCUGUCAUGGUAUGUGUGUCUGCCUGCCUGCCAGUGUCUGCCUGCCUGCCAGUCAUGGUAUGUGUGUCUGCCUGCCUGCCAGUGUCUGCCUGCCUGCCAGUCAUGGUAUGUGUGUCUGCCUGCCUGCCUGUCUGUCAUGGUAUGUGUGUCUGCCUGCCUGCCGGUCAUGGUGUCUGCCUGCCUGCCGGUCAUGGUAUGUGUGUCUGCCUGCCUGCCUGUCUGUCAUGGUAUGUGUGUCUGCCUGCCUGCCAGUCAUGGUAUGUGUGUCUGCCUGCCUGUCUGUCAUGGUGUGUGCCUGCCUGCCUGCCGGUCAUGGUGUCUGCCUGCCUGCCAGUCAUGGUAUGUGUGUCUGCCUGCCUGCCAGUCAUGGUAUGUGUGUCUGCCAGUCAUGGUCUGCCUGCCUGCCAGUCAUGGUAUGUGUGUCUGCCAGUCAUGGUAUGUGUGCCUGCCUGCCUGCCUGUCAUGGUAUGUGUGUCUGCCUGCCUGCCUGUCUUGGUAUGUGUGUCUGCCUGCCUGCCUGUCAUGGUAUGUGUGUCUGCCUGCCUGCCGGUCAUGGUAUGUGUGUCUGCCUGCCUGCCUGUCAUGGUAUGUGUGUCUGCCUGCCUGCCAGUCAUGGUAUGUGUGUCUGCCUGCCUGCCUGUCAUGGUAGGUGUGUCUGCCUGCCUCCCGGUCAUGGUAGGUGUGUCUGCCUGCCUGCCUGCCUGCCUGUCAUGGUAUGUGUGUCUGCCUGCCUGCCAGUCAUGGUAUGUGUGUCUGCCUGCCUGCCUGUCAUGGUAUGUGUGCCUGCCUGCCGGUCAUGGUGUGUGCCUGCCUGCCUGCCGGUCAUGGUGUGUGCCUGCCGGUCAUGGUGUGUGUCUGCCUGCCUGCCGGUCAUGGUGUGUGCCUGCCUGCCUGCCGGUCAUGGUGUGUGCCUGCCUGCCUGCCGGUCAUGGUGUGUGCCUGCCUGCCUGCCGGUCGGUCAUGGUGGGUGUGCCUGCCUGUCGGUCGGUCAUGGUGGGUGUGCCUGCCUGUCGGUCGGUCAUGGUGGGUGUGCCUGCCUGUCGGUCGGUCAUGGUGGGUGUGCCUGCCUGUCGGUCGGUCGGUCAUGGUGGGUGUGCCUGCCUGCCUGUCAUGGUGGGUGUGUCUGCCUGUCUGUCGGUCAUGGUGUGUGUGCCUGCCUGUCUGUCGGUCAUGGUGUGUGUGCCUGCCUGCCUGUCAUGGUGGGGGAGAUGUCUGCCUGCGUGUCAUGGUGGAUGUGUUUAGGUGACCAACCCCCCUCCAUUCGCAAGGGAAUGGUGUUUUUACAGUUUUUUUUUCUCACACUGUGCUGCUCUCCCCUCGACUGACCCCGCCUCUAUGAUUGAGAUUAUAAAGCAUGAUGACCUCAAUCCACUGUUUCCCCAUAGGAAAGUAUUGGGGGGCUAUUGUGAAUGCUCUGCAUCAAUCAGCAUUUCAUCACAAAGAUGCAUUUAAUGAAUGCAUCUCUGUGGGGAACCUUCAGUGCCUCCAUGCAAAGCAUGGAGACACUGAAUAUUGGUGCAGAAGCACCUUUAGUGGGCGUCUGAGUGACUGUCACUAGGAGGAAAUGUAAACACUACCUAUUAUCUGAAAAGGCAGUGUUUACAUUGAAAAACUUGCAGGGACAGGCUAUAGACACCAGAACCUCUACAUUAAGCUAACCAUUCAGCUCCAAUUCACUUAAAUUGAUAUGCUGAUUAGAGUGGGACUUCCUUUAAUCACAUCAUUGGGAAUUCUAAUCACCCUAACAGCUACAGCCCUAUAUGGUGACCCUCUUUUCCAAUACUGUGUAAACCUGGUUAUCAAGCAAUUGGACACAAACUCCCAAAUGUCUGGGGCCGACCCCUGUUUACUGUUUGCUAAUGCUACUCCGGGAUCUGUACUUGGACACAUUCUCUUUAAUAUUUUUAUUAGUGAUAUUGCAGAAGGUCUUGAUGGUAAGGUAUGUCUUUUUGCUGAUGAUACUAAGAUAUAUAACAGGGUUGAUGUUCCAGGAGGGAUAAGCCAAAUGGCAAAUGAUUUAGGUAAACUAGAAAAAUGGUCAGAAUUGUGGCAACUGACAUUUAAAGGACCACUCAUUUUCCUGGCACUAUAGUGCCCUGAGGGUGCCCCCACCCUCAGGGACCCCCUCCCGCCCGGCUCUGGAAAGGGGAAAAGGGGUAAAACUUACCUUUUUCCAGCGCUGGGCGGAGAGCUCUCCUCCUCUGAUCCUCCUCUUCUCUUCCCCGUCGGCUGAAUGUGCGGUCAUUCAGCCGGUCACAUAGGAAAGCAUUCAUAAUGCUUUCCUAUGGACGCUGGCGUGCUCUCACUGUGAAAAUCACAGUGAGAAGCACGCAAGCGCCUCUAGCGGCUGUCAAUGAGACAGCUGCUAAAGAAAUAGGGAAGGCUUAACCCAUUCAUAAACAGCAGUUUUCUCUGAAACUGCUAUGUUUAUGAAAAAAUGGGUUAACCCUAGAAGGACCAGGCACCCAGACCACUUCAUUAAGCUGAAGUGGUCUGGGUACCUAGAGUGGUCCUUUAAUGUGGAUAAGUGCAAGACAAUGCAUCUUGGACGUAAAAACCCAAGGGCAGAGUACAGAAUAUUUGAUAGAGUUCUAACCUCAACAUCUGAGGAAAGGGAUUUAGGGGUGAUUAUUUCUGAUGACUUAAAUGUAAGCAGACAAUGUAAUAGAGCAGCUGGACAUGCUAGCAGAAUGCUUGGUUGUAUAGGGAGAGGUAUUAGCAGUAGAAAGAGGGAAGUGCUCAUGCCAUUGUACAGAACACUGGUGAGACCUCACUUGGAGUAUUGUACACAGUACUGGAGACCGUAUCUUCAGAAGGAUAUUGAUACCUUAGAGAGGGUUCAGAGAAGGGCUACUAAACUGGUUCAUGGAUUGCGGGAUAAAACUUACCAGGAAAGGUUAAAAGGAUCUUAACAUGUAUAGCUUGGAGGAAAGACGAGACAGGGGGGAUAUGAAAGAAACAUUUAAAUAUAUAAAGGGAAUCAACACAGUAAAGGAGGAGACUAUAUUUAAAAGAAGAAAAACUACCACAACAAGAGGACAUAGUCUUAAAUUAGAGGGACAAAGGUUUAAAAAUAAUAUCAGGAAGUAUUACUUUACUGAGAGGGUAGUGGAUGCAUGGAAUAGCCUUCCAGCUGAAGUGAUGGAGGUUAACACAGUAAAGGAGUUUAAGCAUGCGUAGGAUAGGCAUAAGGCUAUCCUAACUAUAAGAUAAGGCUAGGGACUAAUGAAAGUAUUUAGAAAAUUGGGCAGACUAGAUGGGCCGAAUGGUUCUUAUCUGCGUCACAUUCUAUGUUUCUAUGUUACUCUGGUCAUUUUUGGACAGCAUUUAUUGGUGGUGCAGUGUCGCAUGACACAGAACUGGGGUUGUGCCAUAAGUCUUCUAGCAACAUAACCACUGCUAUGGGCUGAGUGUCCUUUUAAUUGUCAUUUUAAUGUGUUUUAGUUUAUUUUUUUCAUAUUCUAAUACACCGCCUGCUGAUUCUGAAUGCCUUUUAUCUGCUAAUCUUCUUAAUUAACAGUGCUCUUUUGUUAUCUACAGGAAUGCCCACUUUCCCUCCUGGCCCUCCACCAGGUUCAAUGCCCCCGGGGAUCCCACCUACAAUGCCGCCUCCUCCCAUGUCUCCCGUCACAGCUGCAGGCCAAGUUUCUGCUGCGGCCACUGCUGCUGGUCACCCCCAAGUGCCACAUCCUUUCCAGUCUCCUGCUAUGCAUCAUGGUGAGUUUAAUCCUUCAAUUAUGGGGCAUGGAUAUGUUGUUAUUAACAGAGAAUGCAGUAGAUAAGCUGUUAUAUUACAGACAGAGUGCAGUGAAUAAGGUUUAAAUGGACACUAUAGUCACCAGAACAACUACAACUUAAUGUAGUUGUUCUGGUGAGCGUAAUCACAGCCUUCAGACAUUUAUAUGCAAACAUUGUAUUUGCAGAGAAAAGGAAGUGUUUACAUUGCCCCUAGGGACACCUCCAAGUGGCCACUCCUCAGAUGGCCACUGGAGGUCCUUGCUGGGUCAGUGCUGCACAGUAGUCAGCACUGCCGUUCAGCGUCUCCAUUCUGUGCAUGGGGACGCUGAAUUUUCCUCAGAGUUGCAUUGUUUCAAUACAUCUCUAUGAGGAGGUGCUGAUUGGCCAAAACAGUGUUUGGCCCUGCCCCCUUGUCGAUUUUAGCCAAUCCAAUGCUUUCCUUCUGGGCACUGAAAAUCUGCAGUUCUGAUAGUCACCAAGGGCCAACACCGGCAGACCCAUGGAGAGCUGAAAAUAAGGGUUUUUCACACACAAACUGUACUUUCACUGACAAUAUAAUUGUUGUGAUCCGUUUUACGGUUUUGAAACACUAAUGUUUGUGUUCAGCGAAGUCUCCCUAGUGUAACAGCACCCCCCAUGUACAGGUUUUAUGGUGUUUUCAAAGGUCACAGUCAAAUAUAAGGUUUUGCAUUUCUGUUUUUUUACUUUGAAAUUCGCCAGAUUGGUUAUGUUGCUUUUGAGAGCGUAUGGUAGCCCAGAAAUGAGAAUUACCCACAUAAUGGCAUACCAUUUACAGAAGUAGACAACCUAAAGUAUGUCUAGUCUUUUUUAGUAGCCACGUAGUCACAAACACUGGCCAAAAUCAGUGGUAAAAUUAGUUUUUGCAUUUUUAACACAAAAAAUAUGAACGCUAAUUUUGGCCAGUGUUUGUGACUAAGUGGCUACUAAAAUAGACUGGACAUACCCCGUUUGUAAUACCUUGGGUUGUCUACUAUUGAACAUGAUAUGCUAUCACGGGGGUAAUUUUCAUUCCUGGGCUACCAUUUGGUCUGAAAGGCAACAUAACCAGUCUGACAAUUUUCAAUGUGUAUAAACUGACAUAGAUAUAUAAAUAUAUCAUGUAACUUCCCAAAACACCAUAAAACCUGUACAUGGGGGGUACUGUUUUACCCGUGAGACAUCGCUGUGUAUUUUAUUGCAGAAACGGGACAAUUAGUUAAAAUGGUACGCAAAACUAAAAAAUUACUUUCUUAAUUUCUCAAUUUAAAAAUAUUUAAUUCAUAUUAAAUUGUUUCAUAUACAAAUAUUUGAUGUUAAAUGAAAGCCCUGUUUCUCCUGAAUAAAAUGAUAUAUAAUAAGUGUGGGUGCACAUAAUAUGAAAGAGGUGAAUUACGCCUGAACAGACAUGUAGCGCAAAUUCAUAGUUUUGUUUACAUUUGGUUUUGAUUAGAAUUUGUACAACUGCCUCAGUCUUUAAUGGGUUAAUGGAGGGUCUGAUGUAGUAUAAUAAAGGAAUGGGAUAAUAAUGCUUGGAAAGUGAUUGUACCUUGAGACACUGAGCAAUAUAACAGCUAGAGCUCCAUCUAGUGGCUAUGUUGCAUUGAGUCCCUGAGUGCCCUCUACACUGCCCCCUCCUGACCUGCAUUGAUAAUGCACUAUUUCUGCUUCCAUGUUAUUACUGUUCAUUUAUACAACAUGGAAGGUGGAUUGUUAUUCUAUGCUACAAAUUAUUUCUAAACUGUUUGCCAUAAAAUGGUGAUAGCACAACCUAUCCAGAGAGCUGCAGAGUUUAUUUUGAUUUAAAUAUACUACUGUGGUUGGAAAUAAAUCUUGGACCAACUGACUAAAGCACAUCUUAAAACUAACAAAUGAAUUAAGGGAAAAAGAACAAGUGUAAUGUCAUGUAAAUCUCUGAUUAAACCUUAUGUACGGUGCUGGGAAAACAAGAUUUGCUCUCUACUCGUGAUUUUGUUUAUUUUUGCAUUUUCAUCACAGUGGAUUCAGAUCUUCAUAUAAAAUGUAAUAAAAACUGAAUUUAGUGUCUACUCAGAUUGUUUUUAAGUGAAAUGUUGUGAAUACGUUUUUACUCCCUUAACUUUAUUAAAGUUUGUCACCUUUAGCAGCAACCGCUGCCCCAAGAGCUUUCUAUAAUUGGAGAUUAGGAUUCCAGCCCUUCAUCUGUGCACAAUUGCUGUAUUUCAGUAGGCGAGGCUCCACAUCCAUACAGUACUUUAACUUUCUCCUCUGCAUGUAUGUGGCACGCAUGCUUUACUUGAAUUUACCUGUCCUCAGACCAUUGCUCUUCCUGAACAAGGGACAGAUUCAGAGGUUUUUCUUUCAGUCUCUUCCGGGGAAGAAGGAGAGGGCUCUUUAGAUAUAACCUCAAUGACCACAUGCCAACAUCUCUGCCUACACCAUCUGCCUGCUGGUAGGAUGUUAUCAUUGAGAAAUGCAGCCAUAGUGGGGCACGUUAUUCUACUCAUCUCUCCCUAUAGCACAUUGAAAGUCAUGAUUCAUCAUGACCAUAAAGUGUCACCGUGUAGGAACCAGUAUACUCUGUAUAUAUAAUCUGAUUAGACUUUGUUUUCAUUGCAUUGUUUGGUAAACAGAAAUGCAAGGUUUGCUUGCUUUAUCUUGGCUCAGCACUCAGUUUUGUUUUUCCUGGUGUUUAUUUUCAGGGAUGCAAAUGCAGGUUCAGCAUCACAACCUUGGACCUUCUCAUCCGGGAGCCGCUCAGCUUACUGUUCGUCCACCUGGCAUGGGACACCCGGGGCCGCCUCCUAUGGGCAUGCCGCCGAGAGCACCGCCAUUUGGUGCAAUGGGUAAGUCAUUCUACUCAAUUUGUUUUUGAUCAGAACGUUUAAGGAAACAACCCAGAUCUAGGUAUUGAUGAUACAGUGUGUUACAUGACUUGGUUGUUGUGGUGAAAGGGUUAAAGUUCACUACUUGUCUGCACUAGACGGGAAAUUAUCAAAAUCCCCCUUAACACCACCCACACUUCACCAUAAUAAUAUAAAUAUUAGGGAUCGACCGAUAAUUUUUUUUUUUUGAGCUGAUAGUUUAUUAAUAUUCUGUACAUUUACCAUUCUGAAAAAAGAAACUAUUUCUACACAAAUCUGUUAACUGAACAUGUAUUUUUUUUUGCAAUUUUUUUUUUUUUGUUAAGGUAAAUGCCCAAAAUUUACAUGUCAGUCAGAAUUUGUUUACGAAUGUGUGUGUAUGUAAUGAAUGCAGUGUGUGUGUAUAGUGGAUGCAGUGAGUGUUGGCAUUCAUUAUGUACACACACACACUGCAUUCAUAAUAUAUCCACUACACACACUGCAUUCAUUUUAUACUCACUGCAUUCAUUAUAUAUGCAGUGCGGGUGUGUGUGUAUAGUGAAUUCAUUGGGGGGGGUGUGUGUGUGUGUGUGUAUAGUGAAUUCAUUGGGGGUGUGUGUGUAUAGUGAAUUCAUUGGGGGUGUGUGUGUGUAUAGUGAAUUCAUUGGGGGGCGGGGGUGUGUGUGUGUGUGUAUAGUGAAUGCAGUGGGGGGUGUAUAAUCUGCAUUAUCGGUAUCUUUAUUGGCCGAUACUGAUAUUGCUGAAAAUACAGAAUAUCGGCCAGACCGAUAAUCGGUCGAUCCCUAAUAAAUAUUACUAUUUUAACGCUGCCACCACAAAGACAAUUUAUGAAUGGGAUGCCUUGGUCACCCAGGUAAAUCAGGAAGAAAAACCCAGCAAAUAUAAUUUAGCACAAUACCUAUUGAAUGUGUCUCUUCAGGUAACGUGAUUCUUUACCAGACAAAGGCAGAACUUAAAGGGACACUAUAGUCACCAGAACAACUACAGCUUACUGAAUUUGUUCUGGUGAGUAGAAUCAUUCCCUUCAGGCUUUUUGCUGUAAACACUGUUUGUUUCAGAGAAAAUGCAGUGUUUACAUUGCAGCCUAGUGAUAACUUCACUGGCCACUCCUCAGAUGGCUGUUAGAGAUCCUUCCUGGCUGCCUAAAAUGCAUCCAAACAUUCAGUGUCUCCUCCCUAUGCACGCAGACACUGAACUUUCCUCAUAGAGAUUCAUUGAUUCAAUUCAUCUCUAUGAGGAGAAGCUGAUUGGCCAGGGCUGUGUUUGAAUCAUGCUGGCUCUGCCCCUGAUCUGCCUACUUGUCAGUCUCAGCCAAUCCUAUGGGGAAGCACUGAUUGGAUCAGGCCACCACUUCUGAUGAUGUCAGCAGACAGCUUGUUUUUCUGAGUCUAACAGCAUGCAGAUCUACAGCUUCAGGCUUGAAUACAGUAAGAUUUUGCUAUAUUUAUGGAGGCAUGAGGUCCCAGGGGGGCUAGAUGGUGGUUUUAACAUUAUAGGGUCAGCAAUACAUGUUUGUGUUCCUGACCCUAUAGUAAUCCUUUAAUAAAGGAAUGUUUAUUAUGAGCAAAAAAAAAAAAAAGUCACAAUGCAUACAGAAAUAGCAAUCAACAGCACAUAAAACCAAAUAGGAUAAAAUAACAGAAGUCCUAGUCACUUACUCAUUUAUAUCUUCUAAGUAAAACUUCCUGGGCAGAAGAUGGUGACUCAAAAUUAGAUUUUGGCCCCAAGCAAGUACAAUAUACAUUUCAAUAUCAUUGGAUAAAUACCCUGUGGAUUCGUCUCAAGUUUUCAAGCCUGGCCCAGAGGUCGAAAUAAGGUGUACCUAUAGAAACAAUAAGUGACCCCCUUGUGUUCCAGACCAACAUUAAUCCUAAUAUAAACUUUUGGUUCGAUCUCCUCUUUUGUACUUUCCACAGAAAUAAUAUUUGCAUUUAUGAAGUUAGUUACUUAAUGCUGCAUUUGGAUCUGAUACUGGAACACAAGGGUUUUCUUGAUGGCUAAUGGCCAUUAACAUAUCAAAGAAAGGAACUAUCAGUUAAGAGUUCCAGGCCUUAUGGUUAGUUUACAUUGGUACUAGACACAAGUCCAGCUCAAGUGUAAAAUCUCACACCUUGCAGAGCCUUUCACAUUUCUAUACAAUUUACAUUAAUCCCUUCUGACAUCCAACCUCUCUAAUCAAAUUGGCCCUUUCACCUCUACCAAGUGGCCAAUUCAUAUAUGCACUCCACAAAUGGCAUUAAAUGGCAAUAUUCUAUACCUUCGGCGUGACACCGUGCAGCUACAUUAUUACUGGCUUGGACGGGGCGCACUCUCUGUUGAAAUGUAGAGUUUGUGACAGAGGGAGAAUCCUGUAAAUAUGUGCAGACAUUUUUUGGGUCCAUUAUAGAUUGUAUUUCGAUUUGUUUGUUGUGUAACCAAAGUUACUCUAGAAAUACUGGAACAGAUCUCCACUACAAUGUGAGUGUUGGGAAUUGCCAGCUAUCCACCAUGGUGAUCUGGCAUAGAAACCUUCAUCGAUAACAUCUGGCAGAUAAUGUUUUCCAGUAGAAGCUUGUUCCCUUUCUUUGAGAUUCAGUAUUUGUGAGGGUAUAAAUUUCCUCUCAUUGGACAAACUACAUCCUUCUUUCAGACAUUCAUUGUAACUGGGUUCUGGUUGAUUUGCUUUUUGCUAAAGUAUGUUUUAUUCCUCCUAGGCCAUCCAGGAAUGCCACCAGGGAUGCGGCCACCUCCUUUGAUGCCUCCCCACGGGUACAAUGGACCCCCAAGACCACCUCCAUAUGGAUAUCAGCGUGGGCCUCUUCCCCCUCCCCGUCCAGCCCCUCCUCGAGCGCCCUUAAGGUUACCCAUGACCCAGUGACCAGGACACAGACUGCACCCCUGCCAGUUACACACAGGGCAACAUUUAAAGCAGCAUUGCAUGGUUUGUGUAUGACUUCCAUAGAGAGAUUUAAUAGAACGGGUUGUCAUAGAAACCUCAUGUUACAUUCCACUCAAGGUGAAAUGAGUUAAAGGGCUGGCUUAACACUAGAGGAGGGUAAACAUGAAGUGUUGCUUUAAAUCAGACUUCUUGCAAUUUUUUUUUUAUAUAUAAUUUUUUUUGUUUUACCAAAGUGUUUGUAAAUGGUAGAUUGUAAUAAAAAGAGAAACAUUACCUAUCCAUCACUGUG